CCCCCCGCUCCCCACACCCCGCAGGGCCCGCACCCGCGGACAGCGCGGACGCUCCAAAUGGCGUCGCCGCUCCGAACCGCCGCUCGCCACUCUCUCCGCCCACGUCCUCAUCCUCGUCCUCGUCCUCCUCCCAAAACCCUAAUCGCUCCUCAAAACCCUAGCUCAGAUACCCUCCUCCACGACAAACUCCUCUCCUCACUAGAUCGCGAGAGCCCCGAUCCCUCCACCAUCGUCUCCCUUCUCUCCACAUGCACCCACUCGAACCCCGAAUCCGCCCACAGGCUCGUCGAUCUCCUCCUCCGGAGGCCCAAUCUCAAGCUCUGCUCCGACACCUUCGCCGCGAUGAUCCACACCACCAUUCGGAGCCACAGGACCUCCCAAGCCCAGUCCUUGAUCCUCCGCAUGAUCCGCCGUAGGGGCGCCACGAGGCCCGAGAUCGUCGACGCUUUGGUUUCUUCUUACCAUCGUUUCGAUUCGAAUCCCUCCGUGUUUGAUCUCCUUAUCCGCACCUACGUGCAGGCGAGGAAGCUCAGGGAGGCGGCGGAGGCGUUUCGAGUACUAAAGGAUAAGGGGGUCUUCGUUUCGGUGAAUGGCUGUAAUAGCCUACUAGCCGGAUUGGUUCGGAUCGAUUGGGUCGACUUGGCUUGGGAGAUUUAUCAGGAGAUUGUUGAGAUGGGCAUUGAAUUGAAUGUCUACACUUUGAACAUAAUUGUGAAUGCCUUGUGCAAGGAUAGGAAAUUCCAACAAGUUGAUAUAUUAUUGCUGGAAAUGGAGACAAGGGAGAUUUUUCCGGAUAAAGUAACAUACAAUACUCAGAUAGAUGCUCGUUGUCGCGCAGGUGAGUUGAAGGAAGCAUUGGAAUUGCUAAACUCAAUGGGAGAGAAGGGGUUGAAGCCUGAUGUGGUGACGUAUAAUGCUCUAUUGAAUGGAUUUUGUAAAAAUGGGAAGUACGAGAGGGCGAAGGAGUUGUUGAAUGAAAUGGUGGGUUCGGAUUUGGUGCCAAACACUCCCACAUUUAACAUUAUGCUCAGUGGCUUUUGUAGAAAUGGCGAUAUUAAGGAAGCAACGAGGAUUUACAAUGAAAUUUUAAGGCGCGGGUUUGUCCCUGACAUGGUUAGCUUUAGCUCUAUGAUUGGUUUGUUCACAAAGAAAGGGGACAUGAGCCGAGCUUUGAUGUAUUUUAGAGAGAUGAAGAGUGUUGGAUUGAUUCCUGAUAGUGUACUCUACACUAUGCUUAUCGGUGGCUUUUGUCGUAUUGGUUCAAUUGCCGAUGCUCUUAAGAUGCGAGAGGAGAUGGUGGAUCAAGGUUGCAUGCCAGAUGUUGUAACUUAUAACACAAUUUUGAACGGAUUGUGCAAGGAACGGCAACUAGCAGAUGCAGAAGCGCUGUUUGAGGAAAUGUCUCAAAGAGGAGUUCCACCUGAUUUUUGCACAUUUACAACUCUCAUAAAUGGCUAUUGUAAAUAUGGUUGUGUAGAGAAAGCCUUGAAAUUGUUUGAUAAAAUGUUGCACCGCAAUUUGAAGCCAGAUAUUGUUACUUACAAUACUUUGAUUGAUGGUACGUGUAGAGAAGGUGACAUAGAGAAAGCUAAUGAGCUGUGGGAUGAUAUGCACUCUCGAGGAAUCUUCCCCAAUCAUAUUACUUACACUAUUCUAAUAGACAACCACUGUGAGAAAGGUGAAGUGGCUGAGGCAUAUAAAUUUUGGGAUGAAAUGGUGGAUAGAGAUAUCUUGCCUAAUGUUGUGACAUACAAUUCGAUAAUUAAGGGCUACUGCCGGUCUGGCGAUGCGUCGAAGGCUGAAAAAUUCUUAGAAAAGAUGAGAAAGGAUAAAAUCACUCCCGAUAGGAUAAGUUACAAUACUCUCAUCCAUGGUUUUAUGAAGGAGGAAAAGAUGCAGGAGGCUUUUGCUUUGCUUAGUGAAAUGGAGAAACAGGGGGUUCUUCCUGAUGUUCUGUCAUACAAUCUGCUCAUGAGUGGGUUGUGUGAGGAAGGGAAGAUGCAGGAGGCUGAAUGGGUCUUUAAGAGAAUGCUUGGGAAAGGGACUCAACCUGAUAGAUAUACAUACACAACCUUGAUAAAUGGUCAUGUUGCUGCUGGUAACUUAAAAGAGGCAUUUUGGCUUCAUGAUGAAAUGCUUCAAAGAGGUUUUGUACCUGAUGACAGUUUCUGAGACUCUCGACAAGAGAACAUCUUGCGCGUAUUCGUGGUUGUGGCAAUUCGCUUACUAUAUAAUCAGAAAAUACAAGAGCCUGAUGGAUUCAGUUCCACCUGAUAGAUCAGAGUACACAAAAUGGUUUUGCUUUCAUAGGCAGGCCUUACAAUUAAUAGAAGCUAUACGAGUCCACAGGGUGGAAGCAAAAUUUUUUAAAAAAGAAAAUUAUCAAGAUACAUGAAUUUCUCAAUUGCUUAAUCAGCGAAUAAGGUGAGCUUUGAACAAAGUGCUUAACAUCUGAAUCAAGUAUUGGGCAUGAACCACCAGCAAUAUUAGGGUUACUCGUGCACCCAGAAGGCCCUGAUGGUGUUUCAGAGCCCUUUGUUAGAGAACUCUGUGGCUUAUGCCAGCUUUCUGCCAGUGACCGUGCAGCGAAGAGAGGCUCAAAGUUUGAUAAUAGCAAGAUGAGAAGCAGCAAAUGCAUAGAGCAACCUCUUUUGUAACUCCCUAAGCCCAUGCCUAUAUGAAAGGAUAAUUCGCUCUGCAUGCGGUAGAAUUGAUCUCUUUGUUUGGUAGAUGGAGAUAUGAGGUGAAACAAAGGCUUGACGUAAUUGUGUUGGUUGAUCACAGCCAUUCAUUUGAAUCAAUUGUACAAGAUUGGGCAAUAUUGACAGUCGAGUCAAUGGUAUGUUAUUCCUUUUUUUCCCUUUAUAUUUAUUGCUUAAAUACGUAAAGUCUUGUGAUCUCCAUGCGCCUUGACUGCUGAAUUAAACCUUGGAAUGAAGUUGCCUCCCGAGGAUGGCAGUCGAAUUAGGAAAGCAGUUAUUAAUGAAACAUUAGUUUAAAGAAUGCUCAAUUUGUUUGCCUACGUAAUAUAAUGAAUAUUAUGCAAAUAUUAGAAAUAAGAAGAGUCGAGUCAAUGGUAUGUUAUUCCUUUUUUUCCCUUUAUUUUUAUUGCUUAAAUAUGUAAAUUCUUGUGAUCUCCAUGUGCCUUGACUGCUGAAUUAAACCUUGGAAUGAAGUUGCCUCCCGAGGAUGGCAGUUGAAUUAGGAAAGCAGUUAUUAAUGAAACAUUAGUUUAAAUAAUGCUCAAUUUAUUUGCCUUCGUAAUACAAUGAAUAUUAUGCAAAUAUUAGAAAUAAGAAGAGUUAUCUCAAUUGAUCGGCCCCCCUUAGGGCGUAGCUUGAAAUUGCGUUUUUCAAAGCAUAAAAGCAGGUGCAUUUAUUCACCACAGCACAAACUAGACCUUAACACAUUAACUGAGUUGAGUCCCUAAAACCAUUAUCUUAAUUGUUAGGUAAGGAGACAUGCUAAUUCAACUAUUGAUUGCUUUUGAAUUGUAUCUUAAUUCAAAACAGUUGAUUAUGUACGUGAUCUUUUAUUAUUAUUAUUUUAUUUUGGUGUGUGUUGGAUUAGUGUAUUUGCAAUUGAUCUUUUUUUAUUAUUAUUUUACUUUGGUGUGUGUUGUCGCGUCGCCAUAGUAUAUUCGUAAUACAUUCUGCAUUAUCAUGAUGGCUAUUCGAAUCGAUAAUCAAAGUUGUUAUACAUAAUUUACAGAAUGUGAGUUCUAUAGAAACUAAAUUUUGUAAUUUUUCGACACUAUUUAGCUAGUAAUCAAGUAAUCUCAAAUGCAUUUUAUAUAUGCUGUGAAAAUUUUUAAUUUUUGCGACCAUUUAAACAAUAGAUAAAUACGUCUAUACUAAGUUGGUUGGUACAAUAUAACCCCUUGGUAAUAACAAAGAAUGAAUGUGGAUUAUAAUAACUUAGAGCACCCAUUUCCAUUUGCAGGAUUGGUUAGAUAAUUAUAUAGCAUCUAUGCAUCUGUGGCUUAAUUACAUAUUUGAGUUUUCAUCAACUUAUUCAAGGGAAAAAAAAAGUUUUCUUGCUCUUCUUUCUGUUUUUUUUAAAAUCUUUCAAAUAUUUCUUCUUCCAUUAACCCAUCAUAGUAGAUCCCUUGCACCUCUUCUUUCCUGCAGCUAAUUACAUAUCAGGAUUGCUAGUUAAAACGUGCUUCUUUUCUUUUUCUUUCUCAAACUCGACGAUCCCCCAUGUAUUUCUUUUUAUGUAUUAACUAUUUUUCACAUAUUUGGUGAUGUGGUAGAAGGGGCCCAGGCUAGCAUAUUGUAUACAGACAACUAACAUUGUACCAUAAGUGAUCUUUUCUGGUUCUUCAAGCUCGCUUUCGAUUAAAUUAUCAAUCCACAAACCGUAGGAUUUGGAACUCAUUUGAUUUAUUUAUUAAAUUUAUUAAUUACCACGAAAGAACAAAUACAUACAAAAGAAUGAACCAUAUCUAUCAUAUUCACAAUGCAUGUACAAGAUAGAUUGCCCGAGGCAAUCAAAAUACACACACCAUAAGAAGUGAAAAAUGAGAGGAGAGGAAGGGCCUAAAAAUUUAUUAGGCCCUCCACCCCCACCAAAAGGAAUAAAAAAACAAAACAAAGUUCUCUCUAAUAUAAGUAGGUUGAAUCAUGUUUUCUAAAAAAAUUUCAUGCACCAUUCGAAUUCGGGCAUGACCCGCCGGAAUUAUUCGGAUCGUGAGUGCAGCCGGACGGCCCCGACCCUGGUCCCCCCUUCGGAAGAGAGCCGAGGAGGAGGUGCCUCCCUUCAUUGGACCACCACCUUUCUUCCAAAGGCCUUGAGGCAUCAAGAGCAUGAAAGCUUGACACCACCACCAACAAGAGAAGCAGAAGCACUUUUGCACUCUUAACCUUUGCCAUUUUUGCUUUUGAGAGGAGCAGUUUGAUCCUUGCUUGUAGUUCUCUGUGGAUGGAUAUUGAGAGGUUUAUGAUUUGUGGAAUGAAGGCUGUGAUUAGGGGACAUAUAUAUAGGGAAGGCGGUGGAGGGUUUUUUACUUUAUCUGUUGCCUUUUUUGUGUCAAUAUUUUUUUUUGCA